AGUACCGGCUACACUUAAGGGUUUUGCUUGUGCAGAAACGUCCCCGCUCUUUGCACUGUGUCUGCGAACGUGGCAGAAGAACCUUGUCGACCUAACCAGGAAAGCGCCAGAGAAACUGACUCAAGAUGGUGAAGAUCGGAAUAAAUGGAUUUGGAAGAAUCGGACGACUCGUUAUGCGGGCCUCGCUCGAGCACCAGGAGGUUGAAGUUGUGGCUGUGAACGAUCCCUUUAUUGAUCUCGAAUACAUGGUGAGUAAUAUUCCACUAGUUUGCGUGUAUUUAAGCAUAUGCAAUGCAAAAUCGUUUAUUUCCAGCGGUAAAUUAUGCAGCUGGUUUGCUUGCAAAUAUCGCAUCGUUGUUGCGGUUUUUCCAAAGAACAACUUCUAUUGUGUUAAAACUCUUCCAGUCAUUUGCUUUGACUUCGAUAUUGAACUAGAUAGAAACAAACAUAAGCUUAAUUUAUUUGCAACCUAUGAUGAAAUCAAAGCAGUUAUGAAGAAAACAUCUGAAAGCCCAAAUCAGAGCAGAUACCUGGGAUAUACAGAGGAAGAGGUUGUGUCAAGUGAUUUCAUUGGAGACACUCACUCCAGCAUUUUUGAUGCCAAAGCUGGAAUUUCUCUUAGUCCAACCUUUGUCAAGAUUGUUGCAUGGUAUGACAAUGAGUAUGGCUACAGUCACCGAGUGGUGGACUUGAUCAAAUAUGUUGCUUCCAAAGAGUAAAAACACUGACGAAGAACCUACAGCUGUAUCAUCUUUUUCGGUCUUGCUAAAAUCAAUGCAGUGGAUAACCUCAAAUGGCAGAAUCAUAAGACCUUGAUUUCUAGAAAACCUGAAUUGAUUUUAGCUUGGUGGAAAUGUGAUAUUUGCCUCCAGUAGAUCUUUUUGUUGUACCAAACCUGAUUGUUUGUGGUGUUUGCGCGUCUAACGUAGUUUCGUAAAAUGCUUAGGGAAGAAAGCUAGAAAAUGAUCUGAAGUCAACUGUGGUGUGAUGUGUCAACUCUGUGUCAAGCUGUGGCAAGUCUAAUUGUAUUGGUUGCCAUGGUAAACUAAGUGAUUAUUAAACCUUCCUGUCUUCUUGACUUGUGAA